AUGAAAUACCUUAUUGUGCCUUCAGUCCUUAUGGUCCUCUUCCUAGUUCCAUCUCUGGCCCUGAUGAACUUCAGUGACAACCAUCCUCUGGAUGGAUCUGUUGGGACCCAGAGCAUCCAUGUCAAUGCCUUUCGAGGUAUGGUCAGCAUCCGAGACAACAAUGUUUUGAGUGAAUGGGAUGGAGUCUUGGACUACAAGAAUGCCCUCUUGGUGGCUAAGUUGUUUAGCAAGAUGGCCUGUGUCCUGGCCAAGAUGGAUGAAGCUGUCUUCCCAACUUUGGAUGACAUUGUUAAGGCCCUGGACCACCAGACUUCAAAGCAUUAUCCAUCUACCCACGGCCUGACCUACACUGUUUUACCCAGCCGGGUCAAGAACUUAGCCCAGUUCGGAGCACUCAUCAAGGACAUGUGCCGAGCGUUCCCCACUUAUUUUGCCCAACAGCAAAAAGAAGGUACUGCACUGGCUAUUGACCCAGAUUCCUGUUUUGAAAUCCAACUCCUGUCCCUCCUGGGACUCUCCAUCUGUGGGGAGAUACCUGGGCUCUGA